CCAAAGGAGGAAGCAGGCGCGGCGGACGUUGCGUGGGGUAUUAAAAACUUAAAACAGAUGCUUUACGUUUGAAGGAGUAUAAUUAAUAGCUAAAGAAAGUCCGAACCCCUAUUUGUUUUCAAUAUAGUCUUUUCCAGGUUGCUGUUGCAGCGCAGGAAGGUUAUGUUCCCUGGAAGACUGGAAUAACUGUGAAGAAGCUGUGAGGACACCAUGUGGUGGUUCCAGCAGGGUCUCUGCCUCCUGCCCGCUGCUCUGGUUGUUUGGACGGUGGCGUCCUUCGUCUUCGCCUACAUCACAGCGGUGGUGCUGAGACAUGUGGACCCUCUGGUGCCUUACAUCAGCGACACAGGAACAUUGGCACCGGAGAGGUGUGUGUUCGGGAUCAUGAUGGAUGUUUCAGCUUUUUUAGGCAUUGCCACGGUGUAUGUGCGUUACAAGCAAGUGGAGGCUCUUCUCGAUGACGAGGUCAAACUCCGAAGACUGAACUUCGUUGGGCUACUCCUCGGCUGGAUGAGCUCCUUCGGGAUGUGUGUGGUGGCCAACUUCCAGAAGACAACCUUUUUCCCCAUGCACCUGGUGGGGGCAAUUUUGACAUUCGGUGUCGGAGCGAUCUACAUCCUGGUUCAAACGCUGAUGUCGCAUUACAUGCAGCCUCACAUCCACAGCAAGACCACAUUUGUGGUUCGUCUCACCAUCCUGGUCUGGACCCUGGGCAGCAUCAUCAGCAUGUUUGUAUCAUCAGUCAUCAUGUACAGCAGUCUGUCAGGAGUGGAUGUACCCCGUAAGCUACACUGGAUCCCAGGAGAACCGGGCUACGUACCGCAUCUUGUCAGCACGGUGUCUGAGUGGUUCCUGGCCUUUUCCUUCAUCAGCUUCUUCCUCACUUACAUCAGAGAUUUUCAGAAAAUAAACUUGCGAGCAGUAGCAGUUUUCCAGAGCAGCCAUCUGUACGACGGGACUGUUCCACCUUCUCGUCAGAACAGACCGUCCGAAACUUCUCCACUGCUGGCAGGAACAACGUGACACAAAAUGCAGCUGCAGCCGAGUCUGCUUCAGAUUUGCUUUGCUUGUUCUUAGCAAAUUUGAAGUUUGGUUUUAUAAAGAAUAUGCAGAGACCUUUAAGGGGUCAGGGCACCAUGAUGUCACUUCUGUCUUAUUGUACUGUGGAUAUAGUCAGAUACUGAGAUUCAGAAGCGAUCUGACUCAGAGAUUUGCUCACCUGCUGUAAUCUGCAGAGGGUAGCUUUAAGUUUGAGCUGCUCACACCAUAAGAAGGUCUUUGUCUUGUUUGUCGUAAGAGAUCUCUUAAUGGGUAUAAUAACUAAAACCUGUGUAACCAAACAAGCAAGUUGUUUUUAUUAUUUGUGCUUCACUAAACUGACAAUCACAAUGCAAAUAUUUAUUCAGUUACACUAUUCUCAACGUAUCUGUACCAUGAUGCAAAGCAGUGCUUACCUAAUUGAUUACUUAGCUUACAUUUUAAAUAAAUAGUAUUAAACUGUUAAGUCAUUUAACUACAAUUAUUAAAUAUUGUCUUAGACCCUGUUGUAAGCCAUAACUGGCCUGGCAAAACUGUAUCAAAAUGUAUUCAUGGAUUUCUUACAUUUUUAAUCAAUGUAUAUAAAUUCUUCUUAAUCUUGUUUUUUUUUUUUUUUUUUGCUUAUCUGAGCACAGAUUUUAUUAAUUUAGGGAUUAAUGGUGUUAGUAUUCUUACAUUUACAUACCAGCUGUCAGUGAGUAUGAAUAAAUGUUUUAUUUGCACUGUAAUGCUAGUGGGAUAUGACUCCCUUUUAUGAUAUAUUUAGCACUGACCACAUUUAUUUGCACCUGUGGUAAUAAGUCAUCAAAUUAUUUAAUAUUUUAUUGGAGUAGCAAUAAAAACUGUUGAAACUUUCAA